CGACUGUUUUUGCCGUUCUCUCGAACCGAUUGCCAUUUUCGAUUAAAUGGUUUUGAUCCGGAAACAAAUCAAAUUAUCAAAUAAUUAUUGUUAUGGAUUUACUGAGUGAAAAAUUGCGGAUUCCUCGCUUGUAUAUAAGAAAAACACAACUUAAAGAUGUUUAUAUAGCAGCCUUAUCCCAACAGUGGUGUUUAUAUAUAAAAGAAAAUUUGAAGUUGCCAGAUGAAUUUGAGUAUCAUUCUACUUAUUCCCCAAACGAAGUGCAAGCCUUUCUAUGGGACUCAGAAUCUCUUCUUGGCCCUGAUUGGUUGUUAGUGUACAUAAAUGUUAUUCCAAAAUGUUAUAAUCCAGUCCUGUCAACAUCCAACAUCAAUUCUGAUUUGGGUCUAGAUGCUAAGGACCUGACAUAUUCACAAUACCUACACUAUGUGUCUCAAACAAACUUCAAAAACUUGUGGAAAGAGUCCCAAAAAAAGUUUCCUGAAGCAUACAGACCUUUUGCCUUAAACAGAAGUCGUCGAAAUAAUCCUAAAAACUCUAGCUGGCAGGAAUCUUUUUGUUCCCUAUUAUUACGAGUUUUCAGCUGUCCCAUUAUUUCUUUGGAAUCUGGCACAGUGCUCCAUCAUGGAAACCAGUCACAGAGCAGUUUUCUACAAGCAGUCUGCAUUUUUGAGUGCUCUUCCAACUUUUUUGUAAUCACAGAGCAUAUUCCUCAUAGUGUGUACCAGUGCCUCAGUCUCAGUCCAGCACUCUUAAAUUCAAAUAGUGUGAAGCCCAUGUUUUUACUGUUUCAAACAUUAUAUGCUAUCAAGGAAAUGCAGGAUCGAUCGCUUUUCAUAGAGGGGGUGUCAUGGCAACAAUUUUUCGUCAACGAGAGCUUAAGUCUUAAAGUUCUUCCGGCACUCGCCUCUAGUUUGAUUCCCCUAGAACCUAUUCAGCCAAUGAAACUUGAGCCUAGUCUACAAGAAUUGACAACUUCAUGGGUACGAGGCUGUUUGUCUAAUUACGAUUAUCUGAUGGCUUUGAAUGAUCUCGCCGGUCGCCAGAUUGAUAAUCCCUUCAACCAUCCUGUUUUACCUUGGAUCUCGGAUCUGAGCUCUCCGUUUGGCAAUUGGAGAGAUCUGUCCAAAUCAAAGUUUCGACUGAAUAAAGGUGAUAGACAGCUUGAUCUGACAUUUGAUCCGACAACGUUUGAAUCACCAGAAGGGAAAGAAGACGUAUUAACGACCCAAGUUCCUCACCAUGUGACUGAUGUGCUUUCCGAGAUCACGUAUUAUGUUUAUGUAGCAAGACAAACGGCACGGUCAGUUCUGUGUCGUUACGUAAGACCCAAUUGGAAUCCUCUGGAAUAUCCUUCGUCUAUUGAACGGAUGCAACAAUGGACACCAGAUGAAUGUAUUCCGCAAUUUUUUUCUGAUCCCAGUGUCUUUAAGUCGAUUCACGAUGAUUUACCAGACUUGAAUUAUCCAUCUUGGGCUUCAAGUGCCGAGGAUUUCAUCACAAAACAUAGGAACGCAUUGGAAAGCCCAUAUGUCUCGGAAAGACUUCACCAGUGGAUUGAUUUGACUUUUGGCUUCAGGUUGUCAGGAUCCGCUGCUGUUAAGGCUAAAAAUGUCCAUCUCAGUUUGGCUGAUGGACAUGUCAAUUUAAGCACUCGAGGUGUCAUUCAACUAUUUAGCCAGCCUCAUCCGCGAAAGCUGCUUCCAUCUCCCUACGUGGGAAGGAGCCCUCCUCGCUUACCACCGGCUGAAGAGCAAUUAUCCCUGCCCCUUGACUAUAAUCCUGUUGGAUUAUUGAGGCAGUUGGAGACUCUCAGCCAUUUCCACGGCUCAACUCAAGCCGAUUCACAUGAUCUAGCCGCUACUACAAUAGCGGGCCGACGCCAACGCGACCUCCAGUGGUUAGUGACACUAGCCGUGGAACUUUUCAUUCCCGAACGCUUCCGGCUCCUACGGCAGAAUGCAACGCUCGAGGAAAGAUGGCAAAUAUGUCAAGAUACAAUUCGUUUUGAUCGACAUCUUGUGCCACGUUGCCUACGAGCCUUCAUUCAGACCGUUUUUCUAAACGAAACUGUGACCGCUCAGGGCCUUCCUCCUCCGUCCGCUCAUCAGCUUCUACAACCCAUGGUAUCUCUUCUUCCUUUCCCCAGUGAGUUUCCUGCAGUCCUGAGAGCCACCCGUAGGUUGAGACAACUCUUCGAGAACGAGAACAUGGAUUUCUCCGAUGCCGGCAAAAUUAUUUCAAGCUUUUCAAAUUCAUCAAGCAUCUCGCUCUUGAUUCCGUUUGUUAAAGCGCUGCUAUUAAAGAGUUCCACAGCUUUCCGGGCAGCUCUUUAUCUGUUAGAUCCAAUCGCCACCGCCUUAGGACCUUACGAAACUGCCAAAGAAUUCCUUCACAUUAUCCUGAAGAUCAUGGGACCAGAGCAACCUUCGGCUCCACUAGUACUUUUGUAUCAUAAAAGGUUUUUGUUAAUGCUUCAGGUCAGAUUAGGUCUACGCUGCUUUCUGCAGAACAUUUCCUUACUUGUAGUUGAAGGUGUAGGAGGUUGUUACAACGUCGAUGGGGUUACCGGUGUCCAACAGCCUCUUGUUGCUCCUUCCACUUUAUCACUGUCGCCGAGUUUGGACCGACUUAAAUUGGGAAAAGAACAGGAACAGGAAAGUGAAACAGAAUUAGAAACAGGUGAUGUUUUCACCUUUGAAGUCGGUGAAGAAGCUGCACUUCUAGAACAAUCCAGUGGAGAAGACACUGGAGCAACUUCUGGAACACCAUCUGGAACACCAUCUCGCAAUAGCAUUAAAUACUCACAGGCCACUGCUGCUUAUCCGGUUCGCGAUAUCCACGAGCUGGACGGAUGUACCGUAUCGCAAGUUAGUGUUGACAGCUUAUUGUGGCUGGCCCAUCGACUGGGACCAGUAUUGACUGCAAGAUAUUUGAGCCGGAAUUUAUUGCGAAUGCUUGCCUUGUGCUACGCUGACGAAACUAGUCUGAAUUUGGCGGAUCCCGGUCAGGAAUCUAGCCCAUUUCAAAUAUCCGGAGCGUUACUUCAGGGCGAUUUCAAUGCCAAUCGCAUAUUGGGAUGCCUGGCGUCCAUCGCCAGUCUUUAUGGAGAGCAGUUCGUCAUGUUGCAGUAUUUCCCUCAUGCAGUUGAAGUCGUCAGUCGUUGCAUUGGUUCUGGAACAAUUUCUAUCAUGCUAGAGGGUGGCCUCAUUGGGACCUGCUCUUUAAUCUUGGCUUGCAUUCCGUGUCUGCAGGAUAGCAACUUUAUGCAAUGCCUUCGGGAAGUUGUUAUGCGCCAGUUGUUGGAUCCUAUGGUCUGUGCAGUGACUUCAAGCGAGCAAAUAUUUGCCAGAGGUGGCCCUGCCCGUUCCGCCUUGGCAAUCAAACUCCUUGAUUGUCUAUGCGCGGUCUCCAUACGUUUAGGAUCAGAUGCUGCUGGGGAAGUCAUCUCCGAACCUGCACUUAAACUUCUUAGGAGCUUCAAUCGAAUUAGCAAAGUUGCCAGUAGCUCUUCAGUUAAUCGAACAAACGCGGUGAAAGGACGACCGGAUUAUAUGUGUCAUCAGAGAAGAUUGAGCAACACGUUAAGACAAGCACAGGCUGCUGCAGAGAUUGAGGCUGCCAGUCCGCCACCUUCUAACACAAUUACUCGCCCAGCAGCCAAUGAAGCCCUGUCGUUGGCAGAGAUGGCAGCCACUUUUACCGACCAUUUUGCGUUCCAAUUAUUAACGGCUUUGAAUCUCAUUCUGGGUGUUCGUCACGUUCAGUUGUUGGUCGAACAGGGAGGCCAAGCUGCCCAAGCAUGUGCCACUCAAUACGCUUCAACCAAAGAUACACUCGAAGCUGACUCUGAAUUGACCAGCCAAAGGAGAACUAGUGUUUUCUCGGGAUUGCGCGUGAACCGGAGCUUCUCCAGCGAAGCCGAAACAACUGCCGGAAGUAGUUAUGGUAGUCGUAUAUCUGUUGUAGGCAAUAGAAUACAAUUAUUCGCAGAGGAAGAGUCGGUUUCGGAAACCACGACGGAACAGUGCGAUUCCCGGCCCACAUUAGAGGAAGCGCAAGAGAUGCUUAGCUACAGAAAAACGGAUAGCGUCAGGCAUUUACGUGGAAAUUGGUUGGCUUAUUGGGAACAUGAAGCCGGACGAGCUGACCGUGAUACACGGUUCAAUUUUAAGCAAAUUCGACUGCUACAAUUAAACGGUCAUUCAGCUGGUAUUCGUAGCAUUCACGUUAUGGAUUCGGAGAUUGGCAUGUUAACCGCUGGAAGAGACAAAACGGCUCGAGUAUGGAGCCUUCAUAGUCAGGGAGACGGAAACAACUGUGUGUCAGCCAGUUAUGUCUACCAACAGCACCGUAAACCCCUUUUAGGUGUGUCGUUUAUUGAUACAGCGCGAUUGGCCGCUUCUUGUGAUGGCGCUGUACAUUUGUGGGAUCCUUUCGUUGGUACCUCUGUUAGACAGCUGGAUGCAUCUUCCAGUUGUAAAUUUCCGACAGUAACUGCCAUGAAGGCUUUGCCUGCCCAAACUGUCCUUGUAACGGCCACAGCCGAAGGAACACUCAGGAUGCUUGACACAAGGGCUCCGUCAGCAUACCAACAGGAACUAAGGAUUUCCCCUGUGGCGGCUGGGCUGGUCCGAUGCCUUGCAACAGGCUCUAACGGCUACUGGGUGGCUGCUGGCCAUUCUUCAGGAAUUUUAUCGCUUAUGGACACACGUACAGGGAUGUUACUUGCCAGCUGGAAGGGUCACGAAGGUGAAGUGCUUCAGGUGAACGGUUGGACCUCGCCCAACGGUACCCAACACCUGAUAAGUAGUUCUCUAGAUCAAAGCGUCUCAGUCUGGUCGGCCGAUGAUGGCAAACUUAAAUUUAACUUUCGCGGUACGUCUGAACCAGUACAUUGCUUGUGCACGACUGGUGGUGGAGAGCUUGUAACUGGCACAACGGCCAAUCGCAUCGGAGUGUAUACCUCGUUGACAAGCAACGCCACCUUUUCCUCUACCAAGCUGCGCUCGGAUACAUUUAAGGGUGUUUUAACCGCUAUGGCAGUUGUUCCACUCAACCGAAUGCUACUCUUGGGAUCCGAUUCCGGUGUCGUCAGUUUGCUCUGUUGAUAACCAGAAAUUUGAGCAUGCAACUCGAUGAUUCAUUGUGAUAAGGAUGGAAACAAAUUCUUCGCGUUUGACAUUAUUUCGAAAUCUCCUACCCCUUAUACAUUCAACUGAAAUCUAAUUGACGUAA